CUUCCAUUUGCUUUGGAUUUUAUUCAUUGGAGUAAAAGGGAUGAAAUUCGAACUAUAGUUUGUUUCUUUUAGACAACUGUUAAAGAAUUCAAGUCCAAAAUUGCAGAAGAAAUGAAAAUCCCAGUUGAGAAGCAACGACUUAUAUUUCAAGGAAAAGUUUUACAAGAUGAAAAACUUUUGACAGAAUACAAGGUUGAUGGAUGUGUUGUUCAUUUGGUUGAAAGACAACCACCUAGAACAACAAGAUUAAAUGAACAAAGUACUGAAACAACAACAAGUUCAACAGCCACUACAAGUAGUCCAGGAAACAUGUUCAUGGGAGCUUUUGCUAUGCCAGUUGAUGUAAUGGGUGUCACUCAGCAAAUUGUCCAAGGAAUUAUUCAACAAAUUGGAGCGGAAAGUGCUCAAGCCAACAUCAGUACAUCAUCAUCGGAUGAUGGUUCUUCUGUAAAUGUUCACAUCAAUUUAUCAACUGUCAUGGCGAGAAACAAUGCAAGAUCUAGGAUUGCACCAGCAAGGGACCACCUUAACAAGGUCUCCAGAAUAAUCCAUCGUCUUCAGAAUGAUGGCUUGCCGUCAGGUGGAGAUCUAAAUGAAGAAACUCCAAAUUCUGAGAGACAACCAGAGAAUAGUGAAACCGGGAACAAUAAUGAAAAUCUUCUCGGGGAUUUAGCUGACGUUCUUCAACAAGUUGUUCGACUCAAUGAUGAAUUUCGGCCACAUUUAGAACGCUACCAAGAGCUGCUUCGUUCUGGCCAAGAGAGGGAGCUGAGACCUGUUGAUGACUUGUUACCAGACCUCACUGCAGAAGCUCUGCACAGUCUGAGCCAUGCAUACCAUGCUCUUUCUGACGUUACUACAAAUUUCCGCGCCCCAGAGACUCGACUCAAUGUUUUACCCUCAAUGUCUCCAAUUCCUGCUUCUGUGGCUCACUUGAGGAAUACGUCACUAGCAAGCAACCAAUCACGACCAACUACGACAUCAACUUCGCAAACAUCGACAAGUACCCCAACCAGUUUACCCAUAGGGAUUGGUCUGAGACCAGGACUUGGCACAGGGAUUGGUCUAAGAACCGGAAGAGGAUUAGGACCUAGUUUCAAUCUCGGAUCUGGUGUGGCGCUUAGACCUGGAAAUGGUAUCGGAACUAGCUUUGGAGCGAGGCCUGGUAUUCCAAUAGGUAUCAGUCGACUUAUUCCUGGUGCUACCGGGGUAUUUCCUUCAAGUACCACCGGAAGCCCUGUAGCGUCUGUUCCGCCCACCACAUCAGUUCCAACAACAUCGACUGGCAGUAUUCCUGGUCAACAAACUCCACAGCAAAAUCCCCCAGAUGGUUUACCAAUUAACCUGCGCAAUCUGCCAAAUUUUGCUGUCCAAUUUAAUCCAGGGAAUAUCACUAUUGCUCACAUCGUUACAACUGUUGUCGAAGAACCCACAUUGCGUACAACAACCACUACUACUAAUAGCACCCCUUCCCCCCGCACCUCAUCUUGGGGUUCUGACCCUCCUCCUGAUAAUCAAACAACUCCCCAGACGGUUACGCCUAUGGACUCUCAACCCUCUACCCAGAGUGGCAACACUGUCGCUACCUCCGCUUCCCAAAGUAACUUGUCUAAUGGUUCACCAACUCAAAGCACCAAUACAACUCAACCAUCUACCUUACCAAAUGGUAGUCAUAGCAACGGUCAAAACUCGACUAGUGGUCAGAUUCCAAACGCACCUCGACAGACGAAUGCUGUGGUAAAUUUCAUGCCUCAAAAUGCAGCUCAUAGAGAUCCUCUGUUACCUUGUCAGAGUUUCCAUUUUGCGUCUUUGGUGCCAAGACGGGGGCAGAGUGCGCCUGUACCAGCUCAGAGUCCAGAAGCAGGAGAUAGGUCGUCGGCUGCACCAGGCGUAAGCCAAGGGAACGGUAUUGGUCCAGGAAUGUUAGAUCUCACACAUUUAAUGAACGUCAGCCAACAACGAGCUGCUGAGCAACUCUCAACCGCCGCAAUGAAUCCAAGCCAGAAUGCAGAAGAGAGAAAUUCAUUCUUGGAUUUGUUUUUGCCCCGUGAGGCAGCAGAUUCCAGUAACGCUGCAGAUGAGGUUAUGCUACACAUGGCUGGGACUGUAGAUGAAGGACAAAUAUCAAAUCAAGGUACUUUGUCUCGCUAUGUCUCUCGCUUGUUACAGACCAUCCCUCUCAGUCAGUUGUUAGUGACUGUCAUUCCUGGUUCUGGCGAUCCAUGGGCUAUAUCAAGACCAAUGACGCGAGAUUUUCUUCGAGAUGAUAUUCUUCGUGGAGGUGAAGCCACUCCGGAAAACUUACAAAGGGCUACAGAACGAAUAUUAGACGAAUUACAAGGAGCUUUUGAAUCAUCUUUCGCGUCAUGUAAUGUGAAGGACAAUAUUGACGCUCCAGAAACCUUGCUUUCUUAUCUACGACCUAAAAUAAGAAGAAUUCUCGAGAUCGUUAAUUCAUCAGAACCAGAUUCAAUAUACGUGGCUGAAAUAUCAGGUCUCGUAUCACGUACGGCGGCAGAAUUAGUAUUAUUAAUAGAGUAUUGUUUGCAAGAUGGUACAACUGGGAUGGAAAAUGCAUUUAGGCGGUCUUUGAAUUCCUCUCCAACGAUUGCCUCGCUUGACCAAAACAUACGAAGAAUGACUGUUGACGCGAUGUGGGCGUACGUCUACGACUUACGAAACGAAAUACCUGUUAGAAUAUCAUCGUUGAUGCCUUUUGUUGUGAGAAAAGAAAAACGCAAGUCUGCAGAGAAAAAAGUGGACUCUUCGUCGCCAAAAAUUAACAGAAAAGAAGAGAAGAAGGUAGAAAAUUCUCAUUCAUCCACCGCCCCCCGUAUCAGUGCGGGCAAUACACCUUCAUCGUCGCGUAGGACGAGAGGUUCCUCACAGCCUGACGAUAUUCCCAUGGAAACAGAUGAAAACUGGAAAAAAGUUAUUCCAGCCGAAUGGGUACCAGUGAUAUCUCAGGAUAUUAUACGUCAACAGCGAAUGCCGCGACAGGCGCCUUUCAGUGACGCAUAUCUGAAUGGUAUGCCUCCUAAACGAAGGAAGAUCCAUCAAGGCAGUGAACCUGUUCCAUAUAACCAGUGCGUCUCGGGAACGCUAAAACGGUCGAUAAGAAAAGCUGGAGUUACGCCAAAGACUGAUUUAGAGAAAUUGAACGAAGAAGCGAGUAAUUCUCAGUCACUCGAACAAGUUUUUGAAGAAGAGGUCAAGAGUGAAGUAAGGAAACGACUUGCAACUGACUCGGACUACAACUCGGAGAAAUUUCCUUCUAUUCAUCAAUACUUCGAAGAAGACGAAAAGCGUUAACUUGCUUGGUAACAGUGCAGUUUUCACACUGAUCUUCAAAAUCGACUGGACCGUGUAAUCCAUUGUUCCAUGGUAUAGAAAUAAGGCCAAUACCCUCUUUGGAUGAUUACGUCACGUUUCGUAGGAGCGAGGGCCCUGGGCGAAAUCAUGUAACCAUCAAAAGAGUGGAUUGGGUAUUAUAUAACAGCCAGUCUUCAUUACAUAACGUCUGUCAGGAACAGUGAACUGUUUCGUUGAAGUUCUCAAUUGAUCAUUGAUCCCUAAUGAUGCGAAGAGUUUAUAAAAUGCACCAUUAUUUAAGCGGCCAAAUGGAUUUUUAUAGUACUAUUAGUAUAUUGGUUGUUUUGUAUUAGAUAGCCUUCUGUUUAAUUUUCAACACCAAAUGGCUCCUCAUUCCAGUUUAUGACAUGAAUUUAUUAUAAAUCGGUGGAUGAACUGUUACUACAUAGUCCUUCGAUAUCCCAGAUAUUGACCGCUAUUCCGGCGCCACGAAUGUAUAAUGUACACGGAUUGCACAAGACAAUUAUAGCCUUAUUUAUAUGGCAAAAUUUAGGAGGAACUGGGACAAAGGCGUAUAGCCAGCAUUAAUAAUUCAGGGCCAAUAUGACAUGCCCCCGAAUGCUAGCUACGUCUCUGAACUGGAAAAAUAAUAGUCUUGGUCAUUGUUUUAAUUUCAUGCUGAUGCGAAAUGGUUUUCAGGACAUUUUGUACAUAAUGGAAUUUAUGAAAUUUAUUAAUUUUACGAUAUGUGUAAAGAUAUCACAGCUAGUCAACAAGAAGUGUUUUGA